AUGGAUACCUUCGAAGCUCUUUUCCCUCGGGAUGCCAGUGCCUGUGAAACAGGCAAGCUGUGGUAUGUUUGCACGAUAGGCAGUUUUCGUGGCUGUUGCUCAACCGACCCGUGCACAUCGGGGGUAUGUCCUGAGAAUGAGGAUGAUCCUACGACGACCUCCGCAACGAGUUCUUCGGAUUUGGAGCUCACGACCGCUGGGGCUGUCAAUAGACUUCCCAACGUGACACCUAGAACGACGACAACUUCGUCCGUGACCACAUUGACUGAAGCAGUCACGGUUUCAUCAGACGAUCCAACGUCGACUAUGUCUGCUUCUCCAACAUCCCGAACCUCAGCGUCAUCUUCAAGUUCAAAGCUUUCCACAGCUACUAACACAUCCACUUACCCGGUCGUUGCUGCCACAGAUGCAGCAGCCUCUCCAUCCACCACGCCCACCGGAAGUUCUAGUACAGCAUCUUCAAAUCGCGGGGCCAUAAUCGGCGGAGUGGUAGGAGGUCUAGCAGCUUUGGCAUUGAUUGCCCUUCUAGUCUUCUGCUGUCUUCGCCAAAGAAAAACGCAGAGGCAUUACGGAAGGCGUUCAACAUCUCUGUCAUGGUGGUAUCCGUACGGCCGUGUCCAAAAAGACCAAGCAGCCGGAUCCGAGAUGAAAGAGCCACAAUCCUAUGAUAGCGAAGCAUCCAGUAAGCAAGUCCCAGCAAGCUUUCGAGGGCAUUCUAACAAUGCCACAGGGUCGUUGACAGCGUCAAGCACUGUUUCCCCAAGCAACACAGGAGUUACAUCAGGAAUCCACCUUACCCCAAAUCUAGUACUGACCUCAUCUUCAACAAACCUCAUUUCAUUCUCGCCGCAGAAGCACCAACUCCCACCCACACCACAGCUCUCAACGGAACUCUUCGCUUCAGUCCCACGACGUCAACACUCCACACCCGAGCUACCAGACACAGGCUUCCCACGGCCGCGCGCCGAACUAGCCUCAAAUCAACAAAGCGAGUGGAUCAAUAUCCCGAUAAAUCAACGCCGUCAGACUCCUAUUAGGACCAGAAUAGGUCCCCGAGCAUGGGAAUCACCCGCUCUCACGCCUAUCGCAGCGAGUCCGCGCGAAAGUCCAAUCCGGGAGACCAGGGUCGACGCUGGACAUACGCGUAGCCAAAGCGAUGGCUGCAAUGCACCUGAACCCAGACAAGUCAUCACUGCUGAUGGGGUCGUGUUGGGAGCGAAUCUGGAUCGGUAUUCUAAUGGGCUGGAGAUUGCUAGGUCUUUGGAUCAGCAUAGGGGCGGUGGUACUGAGCAUGCUGGUACGGAUCAUGUUAUGAGCUUCAUGCAUUUUGGUGGAUCUGAGGGUGGUGUUGGGCUCAGCUUGAGGGGUCCUUCUGGUGGUUCCACUAGUCGAGAUAGAGAGAGAUCCGAUAUGGAUCGCACGGUUGUGGGUGAUCUUGAGGAUGUAGAAGGUGAUGUGCCGCCUGCUUAUGAGGCGAAUGAUGGUUCGCUGCAGCCGGAGAUCAAGUCUCCGUCUGGUAGGAUGGAAAUGAGUCUGAGGGGUGUUUGA